AUGGCUAGUAUGUUUCCACUGUCCAGCUCCAUCACAAAGGUGGAGUUCAUGACGACAAUUGACAAACCAGGCUUCUUCAGUCUCAUUCGGAGAAAACAAGCUGUUUUUUAUUUUGGCGUAGACGAUACUAUUGAGCAAGCCGCAGAACACGCCGCCUCCAACUAUCCAGAUACACAUUCACCGCCGAUCUUCAAGGAAUUGUGUGUCUUCUUCAAGAAUCCAGACCUGUUUAUGGAUGAAAUUGCCGUGACAGACGUCCAGAAGAAAGUCCACUCUAUUUUUUCUGGAAAUGAUACAAUGAUCGUCAGUAAUGAUCCCAAAAUCUUUGAGGUUCAAUUAAAGCAAUUAAUUCGAUUGUUGUGUUUUAAUCUUCUUCUUUUGUUACUCAUUGCAUGGGUUCUUUAUUCGUUUUGUUUCGCUGAAUGA